UACCCUUUAUACGAGAAGUACCUUUUCUUGAUCAACUGCAACUGGGGCAUUCCACUUUAUCUGGUGCACGUGGCAAGCUGAAGCGUUCCGAUGAAUCUGUAUCAGUAAGCUGCAACUCCUUUGUUAGUAGUACGGAGUAGAAUUGGAGAAGAAAUGCAGGGCUUGGUUCUUCGGAAUGCUCAUCCUUUCAUUACACCAAGCAAGGGAACAACGAUUAAGAUUCCCUUGUUCCCUUUGGUUCACACUCUGCCUACGUGCCCUUUCGUACCCGCAAGAACUACACUUGUACAACCCUCUUUCUUAAGAAGGUGGGAGCUGCCUAAGCUGCACUGGAGGCACUGCAGAACAACGUCACAUGCAUCUAAUGUUGGCAUUGGAUCAGGGGGUUAUGAAGAAUUCAGUGAGCCACCUAUAGAUACUUCAGCUAAAGAUGAGAAGCUUCCAAAUCAAAUUCCUUAUCCUCUCUCUAUAGCUCUAGUGCUAUGUGGAUGCGCUUUGGUAUUUUCACUGAUUGCCUUUGUAAAAGGAGGACCUUCGUCAAUCUUAACUGCAUUUUCGAAGUCAGGCUUUACUGCAGCAUUCUCACUGAUAUUUGUAUCUGAAAUUGGCGACAAGACAUUUUUCAUUGCUGCACUAUUGGCAAUGCAAUACAAGAGACUAUUGGUUCUUCUGGGAUCAAUGGGUGCUCUUUCACUUAUGACCAUCUUCUCUGUCGUAAUAGGAAGGAUCUUUCAUUCUGUGCCAGCACAGUUCCAAACAACCUUGCCGAUUGGAGAGUAUGCAGCAAUAGCACUUCUAGUAUUCUUUGGCCUCAAGUCAAUCAAAGACGCGUGGGAACUUCCAUCUGAGGAGGUUAAAACAGGUGAUGAAUACGUUGAGGCUGAGGAACUUGUGAAGGAAAAGGCUUCAAAGCGACUCUCGAAUCCAUUUGAAAUUCUGUGGAAGUCAUUCAGCCUUGUAUUUUUUGCUGAAUGGGGAGACCGCUCUAUGCUUGCAACAAUAGCUUUGGGCGCGGCACAGUCUCCAUGGGGAGUUGCAAGUGGUGCUAUUGCUGGACACUUGGUUGCAACAUCUCUCGCAAUACUAGGAGGCGCUUUUCUUGCCAACUACAUUUCUGAAAAGCUGGUGGGCUUCCUAGGUGGAGCUUUGUUUUUGGUUUUUGCUGGUGCCACGUUCUUUGGGGUUUUUUGAGGAAGUUUUGUAAAUCACAAGAAGAAAAGGAAGUUCUUUUGUCGAAGACAAGACAUGCUUGCUUAAGGUGAAGACCAGAACAUUUACACUUAGAAAUCGGGGCACACACACACGAGAGAACGACUGUUGUUGUAUCAUACAUGAAAGGAAGAAGCAACCAUGUUAGAGGCAAUUUAGGACAUGUAUACCUUCACAUACUCCCCAACUGUCUUUUGACACAGUUCAUGUUUCUGAUAUCAUAAAUCUGAGUUCCUUAUUUAUUGAAUGUUGGAAAUGGGCUGA